AUGACUCGUGUGAAGAACAUGGAACAUAUUAUGAAGAUUGAAAAACUAAAUUACCAGUUGAGCAAGAACCAAAGCUAUAUGGUUGUGCUGGAAUGGUACAAAGUGACGUGUAAGGCCGAUGGCUCUGGUUACUAUGAUGUUGUAAAAUCUCCAGGUGAGCGUGACAAGAAAGAUUUUCCUGCAAAUAUGAUUAGAAUAACUCUGGAAAUGUACUGGGAUGACAUUAUUGAGAAGGUGAAGAAUCAUGUUUUAGCUAGUGGAUUUCAAUUUCAAAAUAAAUGGAUCAAUGUUGGCACUGCAUACAAAAGACUUGUAGAGCCAUUGGACAUUGCAGACUACUAUCGCCUCCACAAAGAUCAUGGAAGCUAUCUGUCAAACGUAACCAGACCAAACCGUCACAAAGUUCUGGAAAAAUGGCUUAAUGUAAAAGAUCAAACUUGCAUUAAUGGAGUUACAAAAGUUAGAAAUGCUCGCAUAAAAUUUGCAUCAUUAACUGAGGACUCCUGUUUUUGGGCUCAUAUAGAAGAGGCUUGUAAAGUGUUAAAAGUUCUCCAACAGGAGCAAGACAAACGGCAAGCCAUGAACACCCAACUGAAAGAAAGCCUUGAAAAGUUUGAAGAUUAUGUAUGGAAGAUGAUCAAAGAUCGCGGCAUCUUUGUAGAGGUUUUCUUGGAGGGGAGUAGCUUAAUGAAAUGGAGGCAACAAUACACACAUCUUCAAUUUUAA